AUGACCGUUGACAAGGUUAAAUUGGUUAUUGAUUCCGAUGGGGUCAGUGAUGACGUCAGAGCCAUCUCCCUGGCCCUCCAACACCCCAAAGCUGAAAUUCUUGCGUUCACCGCAGUCCACGGCUGUGUUACUGUAGAUCAAGCGUGUGCAAACAUCAAAAGAACAAUUCGAGCUAAUGAGGGCGCCCAAAAUUUCUCGAAAAUUCCCGUGUACAAGGGAGCGGCCAAGUCGAUUCUCUCGUUGCCCAAAGACGACACUGUCUCCACUUUUUUCGGAGACGAUGGCAUCGGGGAUAAGCCGGACGAGUUCCCGAAAGUCGAGCAGUCUGACGUUGAGGGAGAGGGAAAGCAUGCCGCGUUGGCGAUGAUCGAUAUUUUUAGGGAGAAUCGGGAUGCUACUUUGGUAACAAUCGGCCCGCUAACCAACGUCGCAAUUGCUCUCCAACUAUGCGAGGAGUUUGCAACGUACCCAUCGAGAAUGGUGAUAAUGGGCGGGAACUAUUACGCAGUGGGAAAUGUGGAUGGAGGUUCCUCCGCCGAAUACAACUUCCACGGCGAUCCGGAAGCCGCGAGCAUCGUCCUCCGUCGCAUGAAGUGUCCCAUCACCAUCGUCCCAUGGGAGGCCUUCUACUUCGAGUCGAAAGUUCAUAACGAGUCGGUCAACUUCUCCGCCCACCUCAAAUAUGACACCCCGCUAGCCGGGUAUCUCUCAUUGGCUACUAGUAUUGGACGCAUAAAAUGCGAACAAAACGGUCGCCAAUAUUCGUACUGCGACGAAAUCGCUGUCGCCACGGCUAUCGACGAGGAGAAAAUUGCUACUAAAUCCCAGUACCUGUACGUGGAUGUGGAGUUGAAUGGGACGAAGACCAGGGGACAGGUUGUGGUGGACUGGACAGAGCAGUUGUGGUCCAAUGAGGAGGCGCCGAAUACGCACACCCACCGUCGCGUCAAAUUCGUCACCUCCUACGACGUGCACACCGUCGACAAGUGGCUUCAUGCCGCCACAUCUGGCAGCGGGCAAUUCUAG